AUGCAGAAUGAAAUUGAUCGUCCUCGUAAAGGAGACGUGAAACUCACCCAUGAACUUCUUUCGUGUGCUGCACUGCCAAUAACAACACAAACAUCGCUAGCUCUUGUACCAAAAGAGGAACCAUUGGAUUUCUAUCAGUCAAUUUUAAUAGAAAAUCUUCAUGAAUUAAAUGAACUAGAAUGGCAACAAUCAGAUAUUGUUUCUCUUAAAAAUAAAUUCACGAGUCCAGAAAUAUAUUACAAAAUUUCAUCAUUAAAAACAGCCUUGCUUAUCAUUAAAACGAUUAUUACAAGCGGAAUCUCUUCACAGAUACAUAUCGAUCGAAUUGUUAAAACAAUUAAGAAAAAUCCAGUCGAACAAUGGAUGAAUGUAUUAAACAAAAUUGUAGAUGAACAAGGUAAAGCCAAAUCAGUUGAUAUACUUCUAGCAGAAUUAGUCAACGAAAAUCCAUCUUUAAAUAUAAAAAAAUUACGAAAACAAUAUGAAACAGUAAUGAAUUAUUACAAAGGAGAAAUAUCAAAUUGGACAUCAACAGAUAUUGAAACAAAUCAUAAAUGUAAUGAUGAACAUAAAAAAGUUGCAAUUAUUAUUCAAGCUACACAUCUUUAUAAACAAUAUCGUCCUCGAGAUAUUCAAAUUUUAUCUCUUCUUCUUCUGAUUGAUAAAUCUGAAAAUGGACGAUUAGCACAAAUACGUACCGGUGAAGGUAAAUCUAUUAUUGUUUCAAUAUUGACUGUUUAUCUCUCACGUCCUCUAUUGAAUAAACAUGUUGAUAUAAUUACAACAUCGGAAAUUCUUGCUCAACGUGAUGCUGAUGAAUUUGCACCUUUCUAUCUCGAUGCUGUUGAGUUUAUUCGAAAAAAAUUGGCUGAAAAAGAACUUGUUCAUUAUCCAACUUAUCGUCAAGAAUAUAUCAAUGCUAAAUUACCCAAACGGAUUCGGGGUGCAAGACGAGCACUCUAUGAAUUAACGCUCAAUGUUGAUUAUGUUAUUAGUAAAGAUCGAUGA